AUGUCCCAGUCCCCUUCUGUAGCGCAACUGAAGCCAGAGGAAUUGAAGCAUGUUUGCAUCGUUGGAGCUGGUAUGGCUGGCUUGUAUGCUGCCUAUCGUUUGAAAUUGUCGAACGAUCCUCGCAUCGCAGUCUCUUUAUACGAACUGGAUGGGAGGGUCGGCGGGCGUGUUAAAACCUAUCGCUUCACAGCCGAGAAGAACCAAUACUUUGAGGCUGGUGCCAUGCGCAUUCCAAGUACCCAGAUGCAUCAACCAACCUUCGAUUUAAUCAAGCUUCUCAAUGAGGCCCAUCACGCCGAUCUCAAACUUAUACCUUAUCAUCUCACCACCCCUGCCAAUCGCAUCUUUGUAAAUGGCAUUUUGAAGAACGGGGGCGAUGAUAACAUUGCCAAGGCGUUGGGAUUCGAUCUCCCUGCUCCAUAUGAUGGCAAGACUGCAGACGCCCUGCUGCUGAACGCUAUACAGGCUUUCAUCGAUUUGUUGGAGAGAGAUUUUGACCAGGGCUGGAAGCUCCUCAUGCGUCUUGACAAAGUCCCAUUCCGUUCCUACCUGGAAGACCUUGGAUGGCCGGAAUCAGUCAUCGAUUUCACCGAGACUAUGUGCUCUCAGACCAACCAAUUCGCGCUUAGCUUCUCCGAGCUCAUCAUGCAGAACCUCGACUUUGACACGAAACAGUGGUUCACACUGGACGAGGGGAUGGACAGACUUCCUCAGGCACUUGCCAGGGUGGUUGGCAUGGACAAUAUCACCUUUAGUGCACGAGUACAGAAGAUCGUGCAGACCAGUGACGGUGUCACUAUCUGCGCAGAUACGCCCAAGGGCCGGAUAGAGCAAACCUUCGACAAGGUUAUUCUUGCCAUUCCGCCCAGUGCGUUGAGGAUGAUACCAGAGCGUCCUCGCUGGGAUUACAGGAAGGAGCAGGCUAUCCGCGCCAUGUUUUACGAAGCGUUGUAUAAGAUUGGUCUGCGCUUUAAGACUCGUUUCUGGGAGCAUGUGCAACCCCCUUCUCUAGGGGGACAAUCAACAACUGAUCUACCGAUUCGUUGGAUUGUAUAUCCAUCCAAUGGUAUCGGCUCUGAGGGACCUGGCGUCCUGCUCCUGUAUUCCUGGAACACAGACGCCUCUGUAUGGUCCUCCAUUCCUUUCAAUGAACGUCUUAAGAGCUCCCUAUGCCACCUUUCAAAGGUAUUCCCGAGCGUUGACGUCUACGACCAAUUCAUCGCGGCAGAAGAUUUAGCCUGGUCCGAACACAACCCUACCGGCGACGCUAUGUUCCUUCCAGGGCAAUUGUCGGAGUACUUUGAAAUUGCUCGCCGUAAGGAAGGGAAUAUCUACUUCGCCGGAGAGCAUCUGAGCCGCCACCAUACGUGGAUUACGGGAGCCAUUGAUUCUGCCAGAUCAACUGCAGAAGAGGUUAUUAGCGACUUUGCCUUGAGGCGCAGUCCUACAGGGUGGAUUCCCCCCACUGGAACCGAGCCCUGUGAUCAUUACGAUCCUGAGGCUCACCGCAUGAAGGUGGUCAAGGGCGGGCUAGAAACUGUCAAGAACAACCGUGAGGAAUUCGAGAAGUCUGUCUUAAACGCUGUAAAACACAAGUAUUGA